GACCAAUUGACAAUUGGUGUACUGGUGAUGAUUGAGGCUACGCUUGUUAGAGAGGAUUGAGUAUUUGAUCCCACGCAACAUUAAUUGGGAGAAAAAUGAAACCUAACCAUCCAAAACUGAUCCUCGAAUUUGGAUUAGUCUAAAAAAUAAACCGGGUGAAACACCAAAAAAAAUAUAUUUACAAAAAAAUAAAAAGUUCAAAAUAGAGCAUGCGAAUAAUACAAAAAGUCACAACUUUGUGUAAUUUUUGGGAUGGAUUUUAAUUUAGAGUUGAAUAGUUAAAUCUCAAAUGACUCAUGAUAUUGUUCAAAGAGACAAUCAAGUUAGGCUCAAAACAUACAACUACAGGAGAAGGUCGGUGGGACAACUAAGAGUGGAGUUUAUGUAAAUACCAAUAACCUUUUCAAAAAGACAUAACAUAAGAUAUUGUCUAAAAGCAUAUCACGCACAUACAUGAUUUGUGCAUAAUCUAGUUUUUAAUCCUAGACUAGAUAUAUUUAUCUAUAUAGUUAGAGUGGUAUGUAUUACCAGUACUAGCUCUCACUCUAGUGUCAAUUUAUUUGUUACAAAAUAGAAAAGUAUCCUUCUUAGCCCGUACGCUUGCAUUCGUUCACCUUUCAUUCAACAAUGGCAAACUCUGAAUAUGUAGAAGAACAAGAGGCCUCCGUACAUCCAGUAAAGACUUACGGAUGGGCAGCUCGAGACGAGUCCGGAAUUUUAUCUCCCUUCUACUUCUCUAGAAGGAUGACAGGAGAAGAGGAUGUGAGAUUUAAGGUGAUGUACUGUGGAAUAUGCCAUACAGAUCUUCAUUUUCUCAAAAAUCAUUGGGGCAUAUCUUCAUACCCACUUGUUCCCGGGCACGAGAUUGUGGGAGUGGUGACUGAAAUUGGCACCAACGUCACAAAAUUUAAAGUCGGAGACAAAGUUGGGGUAGGAUGCAUGAUUGGCUCAUGUCGCACAUGCGAGUCAUGCGCUAAAAACCUUGAAAAUUACUGCCCUAAUAUGAUCCUCACUUACUCUGGCAAAUACUAUGAUGGAACCACAACUUACGGUGGCUACUCCAAUGAAAUGGUGGCGGACCAACAUUACGUUGUUCGAAUCCCCGAUGAUCUUCCCCUCGACACGAGUGCGCCACUACUUUGUGCCGGAAUCACGGUGUAUAGCGCGUUGAGGUAUUUCGAGCUUGAUGCAAGAGGAAAGCAUGUAGGGGUUGUGGGACUUGGAGGGCUUGGUCAUCUGGCUGUGAAAUUUGCAAAAGCAUUUGGUUUAAAGGUUACUGUUAUUAGUACUUCUCCUAGCAAGUGUAAGGAAGCUUUGGAACGUUUUGGUGCUGACCUUUUUUUGAAUAGUCAUGAUCAAGAUCAAUUACAGGCAGCAAUGAGCACUAUGGACGGGAUCAUCGACACCGUGUCCGCUGAUCAUUCAAUCGAGACUCUACUUCACUUACUUAAGUCUCAUGGAAAGCUUAUUGUGGUUGGUGUACCCCAAAUGCCUCUCCAAGUGCCCAUCUUCACUUUGCUAGGAGGAAGGAAGAUGAUAGCUGGAAGUGGAAUUGGAGGGAUGAAAGAAACACAAGAAAUGUUGGAUUUUGCAGCAAAACAUAACAUUAAAGCAGAUAUUGAAGUGAUUCCGAUGGAUUACAUAAACACGGCCAUGGAUCGUCUUUCCAUGGGUGAUGUUAGAUAUCGGUUCGUCGUUGAUGUUCGCAACACAUUACAAAAAACCAUGUCUUCAGUUUAGGGUUUCUUAAGCUCGAUCAUGCUUGAUUUGGUGAACCAUAUUUUCGUGUAUUCCAUUUCUUCAAAUAAGAAUAAAUUUACAAAUUAUGUUAA